AGUUUUAUUUGUUGACUCUCUCUCACACACACACACACACACUCUCUCUCUCCACCAAACAAAUACAACCAUCCAUCCAUCCUCCAUUAUUAAUUUUCCCAUUUGUCCUUAUCCUCUUCUCUCUUGUUCUCUCAUUCUCUGCAUCACUUCUUCCUUUCACUUCCAUUUGUCUCUUCCUCCACAGGCCUCCCACUUCCCCCUUCUUUCUCCCUUAGAUCCAUCUUCCACUACACACCAUCACGCAGGUUUUAGGGCUCAAAUCUUUUUACCUGUUGUUCUUUGAAGUUGUUGAACUAGCAAAAAGUAUAAUUAAGCAAUUUUAAAAAAUAUAUAUCUAUUUUGAUCACCGUUUUCUGAGUUGUUGAUGGCAUCAGCGGGUGUAGCACCUGCUUCUGGAGUAAAAGAUAUGAACGGAAGUUCAGUUGCUGUUGAAAGAUUACCUGAUGAGAUGAAUGACAUGAAGAUCAGGGAUGACAGGGAAAUGGAAACUGCUGUGGUAGAUGGAAAUGGCACUGAAACGGGACACAUAAUUGUCACUACCAUUGGUGGUAAAAAUGGUCAGCCCAAGCAGACAAUAAGCUAUAUGGCUGAGCGUGUUGUUGGACAUGGGUCUUUUGGUGUGGUUUUCCAGGCGAAGUGCUUGGAGACUGGUGAAACUGUGGCUAUAAAGAAGGUUCUUCAGGACAAGAGAUACAAGAACCGGGAAUUGCAAACAAUGCGCCUUCUUGACCACCCUAAUGUCGUCUCUUUGAAGCAUUGCUUCUUCUCAACGACUGAGAAAGAUGAGCUCUAUCUUAACUUGGUACUGGAGUAUGUUCCCGAGACUGUCAAUAGGGUGAUCAGACACUACAACAAAAUGAAUCAAAGGAUGCCAUUGAUAUAUGUCAAACUAUAUUCUUAUCAGAUAUUUAGAGCACUUGCUUAUCUUCACAACAGCAUUGGAGUAUGUCACAGGGACAUAAAACCUCAAAAUUUACUGGUCAAUCCUCACACCCACCAGCUGAAGAUAUGUGACUUUGGAAGUGCUAAAAUUUUGGUAAAAGGUGAACCAAACAUAUCUUACAUCUGUUCUAGGUACUACAGAGCUCCUGAGCUCAUAUUUGGGGCAACUGAAUACACCACUGCCAUUGACAUCUGGUCAGGUGGUUGUGUACUUGGCGAACUAUUACUUGGCCAGCCUCUCUUUCCUGGUGAGAGUGGAGUAGACCAACUUGUGGAAAUUAUCAAGGUUUUAGGUACGCCAACAAGGGAAGAAAUCAAGUGUAUGAAUCCUAAUUACACAGAAUUUAAAUUCCCUCAAAUCAAAGCUCAUCCAUGGCACAAGAUCUUUCACAAGCGGAUGCCGCCUGAAGCUGUGGAUCUUGUUGCAAGACUACUGCAGUACUCUCCAAAUCUUCGAAGCACAGCUUUGGAGGCUCUUGUCCAUCCAUUCUUUGAUGAACUGCGCGAUCCGAAUACCCGCCUACCAAAUGGACGCUUUCUUCCUCCAUUGUUCAACUUCAAACCAAGUGAGCUGAAGGGAGUGCCUGUGGAGAUGCUGGUGAAGCUGAUUCCUCCUCAUGCAAGAAAGCAGUGUGCCUCCUUUAGUUCAUAGUGCAGUUUUAUGUGUAGUUAAUGGUAUAUCGCCCUCUUCCUUCCUGAAGUGUAUCUAAGUCUGUUUCAGGUGGUUUAUUAUAUGUUUUCUUUCUGUUAAUUUUUAGCCCCCUCCUCCUCAACCCUCCCGACCAGAAACCCCUCCACAUUCCAAAUUUGUUAUUUUUGUCCCUGCCUGUAGAAAGCUGUUGUAGAAGAGAUUCAGCUUGAUUCCUUUGUAGGAUUUGAUGGGUUCCUUUACCAAAAAGUUUUAACAGAUUGUAUUAGUAACUAAUACCAUUAUUUAAUGAAGUGAUAUAUACUUGAUCACUACUAAACUGGUCCAGCAAGGGGGAUUCUUCUCAUAUCUUAAAGGUUAUUUUUCCAUUAUCAUUAUGGGGAAUUUUUGUGGCGUGUAGGAUUCCCUUACUUGCAAGAAACUGUUACUGUCAUAUUCCCUUUCAAUGCUGUUGCCAAGUCCUGAAUGCUCAACAUUAGUAGUUACUGGGAGGAAUGGGAAUAGGAGUACCUAUUCAGAAGACUGGCUUGCAUGGUAAGGGGUAAAAAGUAAAACAGCAAUUUUGGUUUACCUGUCCUGGGUCAGUAAAAAGCAAGUUUGGUUUCAUUAAAUUGCUGCUGCUAGUUGGUGGCAAGUAUUAUUUUUGACCGUUGAAUGGAAUAAAAGCUCUCAAGGGUCAAUGAGAACACGAUGUAAAGGGCUAAGGCCUAAUAGGAUGACUAAAUUGUAGCGGUUGGAGGGUGUAGUACUUUCGGCAAGGGGCCAUAAGAAAAAGAAAAAGUACUUAAAAGGAUACUAAACUGUUGAAGAAAUUAGUGAGCUUUACGGCCUUUCCACCGAGGUGAAAAGCCCUCUUAAUUAGGAAGGGUAUCGGAUUUUCUUCAUGGAUUUCAUGGUAUCGAUGGUAAGGGUUUUCGGCGAGUAAUAUUU